AUGAAGCGAGAAGCCCAAGCAUCUCGUACGGGGCAAGAUCCCCGGAGAAGGAAAGACACUGGCCGAGGUGAACCCGGCCCAAGUAGCACUUCAAACCCACUCCGAGACCGCAGGAGUGUCUUCGACCGGAUCGUGAGAGGCCGGUCGUCCACCUCGGACGCUGAGCUGACACCGCUCAAUUCCAGCCGAUCUCAUGUCUUGGCUGUAAUGAGGCAGAACCACCUCGGCCGAACACCUCCUGAGAUCCCUGAGAGGAGAGAUAAGAGAAACUCCAACCUCUACUGCGCCUACCACCGAGACGUUGGGCACGAGACUGAAGAUUGCAACGAUCUGAAGCGAGAGAUCGAAAACCUAAUCCGACAAGGAUACCUGAAGCAGUUCAUCCGCAAAGACGGAAGCUUCAACCGAAGUGUUUCCCACCGGGAGAGCCGAGGUCCUCGUCGAGAAGACAGGCGGGACACCAAGCUUAAUUGCCGAGGCCCUGAGGACCACAAGGAGGAUCAGAGGCCUCCACGUGACGGAUCACCAGGCUACGGCCCAUACAUUGCCGGGGUGAUCAAUACCAUCUCAGGUGGCCCCACGGGAAGAGACAGCCAGAACUCCCGGAAGCGGACCUACCGCCAAGCCGGUAUGGAUGUGGCCGAGCCGAGUUCGAGGCUGUCCGAGGUGAUAACCUAUGGUUCCCGCGACCCUGUCCCCGCUGCCUCCAGCAAUCACGAGACCCUCGUGAUUGAGGUCCUCACAAACAAUUACAUAGUCAAAAAGGUAUACGUUGACCCCGGAAGCUCGGUAGACGUCAUGUACUACCGGACCUUGGAGAGUUUGAAGUUGACCCGGGAGCAACUCACUCCGGUCAGAACUCCCCUUGUCGGCUUCGGGGGACACGUCGUCCACCCGGAGGGCAUGGUGAAUUAA